UUUAAAAACCCUUUCGAAGGCUGAAUCCUAAAUGUGUGUGUGUUGGAUAAAUUAGUGCCCUAGGUAGGGUGUAUAAGUUUCACUGUCACUCCCUACGUAGUGCACUUUGAAAGGGAAGUCAGGGUGUGUUUGGGAUUCAGCCGUACAGACCGGAAGUUGAUUGGCUAGCAGGGAAAGCACUUCCGGUUGUGGGAUUUGGAUGGCAGUUUUUGCGGUAACGGUUCUGCUGUGAGAUGCUAAAUGUUAUAAAAUGGCGGCUCCGUGGACUAACGAUAAAGAGGAGGAGUUCGUGGCCAUGAUGGAGGGAAAGCCGGAGUUAUUCGACAACACGGAGAUGAAUUUCACCAACAAGACGGCGAAGAUGAACGCCUGGCUGGAGCUGGCUAAACACUUCCAGAUCAGCGAGAAGGAGCUGCGUAAGAAAUGGGACUCUCUCAGGACUCAGUACAGCAGAUACACUAAGAUGAUGUACGGAUCAGACGGACGCUUCUUCACCCCGAGACAGCAGUGGAUCAUGCAGCGCCUCAAAUUCCUCGAUCCUCACAUCAAGCGCAGGAGCAACUACUGCACCGACCUCGACUACGAGGUGACGGUGGUUGAGAACGGCUGUGAGGAUUCGAGCCCCGCCCAGGUGGACGUGGAGAUCGAGGCGGACAGCCUGAACAAGCUGGAGAUGAACCUGGACGCAUCCAAACUCUCCAAGCAGCUCUGCAAACGGGCGUUCCAGGACGACGACUCGGACUCGGCGCGUUCCUGCGGAGCCAAGAAACCCUGCUCGGACAAACCGAGCCCGCAGAUGUUCCCCAAAAGCGUCUCCAAGCGGCAGUGCGACGAGGACGACGAGGACGAAGAGUCGGAUUCGGCGAGUCUGAGGAGGAUCGUGUGCAGCACCAUGGAGGAGAAGAAGGACGAGCGCUGGGACGGUUUUUCCGUGUACGUCACCUCCUGUCUCCGGAGCCUGGACUCGUCCCGGAGCCGCAUGAGGGCGCAGGACGACGUGUGCGCCGUGCUGCAGAGACACAUGGAGCAAGACGGCGAGGACGACGAGGACGGAGCGGGGGACGGCAGGAGCGAGACGUGCAGGAGAACCUGCUCCACCUGCUGCGGCUCCAGGAAGCCCAGGAGCGGCGCCGGCGCCGUCAAGCUGGCCACGCCCAUCACGGACGAUCAGGACGACCUCGAACCCUUCCUCAAGUCCAUGUCCAUCAUCAUGAAGAGGUUACCUGAGGGCGAGAGGUCAGAGGUCAAGUUCAGGAUCCACGAGCUGGUGCACAAAGCUCAGAUGAAACAUCUAAACGAACAGAGGAGCGAACAGAGGAGCACGCAGAACUCGUCUGCUCUAUGAGCUGCGCUUUACACUCGCACUGAACACCGGCACUUUUAUACAGAACUUUAUAACUCUUUUUAUUAAGUUAUAAAUAUAUAUAUAUUUCAUAAAAACAUCUGUGAGGAAUAAAUCAGGAAGAUUCGUAGAUCUUCUCUUCGUACUGCAUUCUGCUCGAAGAGUAAAAACUCUGGAAAUGUUAUAAAAAAAUAAACACUGUUUCUAUUUUUUAUAUUAAAAUGUUAAAACCACUAUCACCAACAAUGGGCUCAGGGUUGCCAGAUUCACCAGGAUCCCUCACAUCUGUGCUGUUUUAAUCACUAACACGGAAAAAAGUGUUGAAUCUGUAACUCGUUAAACAUCGUAGUGCUGCGCGAUCAUCAGCAGAAAUUUAAUAAUCGACAUUAUUGAUCACAUUUAUUCUGCCAGUGUAGGAAUUUUUUUUUGCUUUAAAUGAACAGAAAAAAAAUUGUUCUUUCACACUGUACGUUAUGAGUGUGUAUCACAUAUCUAAAAUUUUUAUUUAAAAUUCUAAACAAUGAGACUUUAAUUAAUCAAUUACUCUAUUGAUCGAUUGACUAUUUGAUUGAUUGAUUGAUUGAACAACAUUAAAUCGUUAAUUAAUCAUUAUUUAAUUAAUAGCAGACAGAAAAACUGAUUAAACGUA